AUUUGUAUGUGUUGCAAUGCAUCUGGGUGACAUGAGAUGAAUGUGGACUUGCAUCUCAGGCGUGUGUCUCUCUCCAUGUCCGUCUCAGCACACAUUUCACUGCUCCACGGCGACAUCGGGUCACUGUCGGCUUCUCUAGGUGCAUGGAGGGAGCCGCGCCGCGCCGGUGCCCCUCAUGUCUACCGAGAGAAGGAGAGAGUGAAUCAGAUGACGCCGCGUCGACAUGAAGAACGAGUCAUAACAAACCAUUCACAUACACACACCGUCAACUCUCAUCCAGUCAGUCAGUCAGUCAGUCCCAAAUGCGGCAAGGACGUACACAAAACCAGAAAAAAAGCUGCACUGCAAAGCGCCAAGAGAAUUAAUGCCGUGUAUAUGCAGUGUAUGUACAGGGAAAAACAUAAUUCUGCUUCCAUGUCUGUAUGGUCAUUCAUAUCUGCGAGAAAACGGGCGGCCCCAGGGCCGGCAACCCCUCGCUGUUGGUGGGCGCCACCCCUCUCCCACCGCCACCCGAGCGAUAGAUGCGCUCCCACUCCCUGGCAUGGGCAUCCCACCUCCCCUCAACGUGCACAUGCGGCUGCUGUUGCUGCUGCCACGCACCAUGCUGCUCCCUCACAUCACUCCACAGUCGCCUUCUCUUGCCCUUGCCCCCGCCAACCACCCACCGCCACCCCAGCAGCGCCAACACGCCAUACACCAGGAACAGGAUGAGCAGCAGGAGCGUCAAUCUCAGCUGCCGCCGCCGUCUUUGCAGCUCGCUGUACCCGCCCCGCAUGGCCGUGGGAGUGGCGCAUGUGCGUGGGUCGGGUGCUGCUGUAUGGUCGGUGGUCGAGUAGGGGAGAGGGGGCGACGAUGCCGAGCGGCUGUGUGGCGUACUCUUGACAAACGUCAAAGGCUCCUGUGGAUUGCCGCCGACAGCCGAGCCGUUGGUGCGGGGCGCCCGCAAUGGCAGUAUGGUGGCCGUUGUGUCAUUGUCGGCGUCGUCCUGGAUGCCUGAGGGAGGCGGUAGGGGGUCCAGCAGCAGCAGCCUACCCGCAUGGAAGUUGACGAUGCUCCCGACCUUCUGCGCCAGCUGGACGGCCUGCGGGACGUAUGUGUGGUACGACUGGGCCGUGAGGUGCAUGAGGGCGCCGGGCAGCCAUGCGAGUGUGGCACUGAGGUGCCUGAGCCGCCCUCCCAGCGUCGUGGCAUUGUCACAGAUCUGGUCGAGGAACCAUGUGUUGAGGUCCAGCAGCUGAUUGAAGUGGCCCAGUGAGUCAGCCAUACCCCCGAACCAGCUGCCGUCGUUGCUGUACAUGCCGUAGCCGUAACCGUAGGGCAUUCCGCCAUAUGUGCUGUAGCCGCCAUACCCCCCGCCGUAACCACCGUAAGCCGCCCCGCUCCGCCACCCAUAGCCACUGUACGCACUGGGCCGAUUAUACGAUUGUGGAUAGCUGCUGUAGCUGGCCCCGUAGCCCGUGUUCAUGAAGGUGCCGGAGGGAUACGACGACAUGUACGAUGGCACGGCCGUCGACGAAGAGAGGGCACCGCCGGGCGCCUGUUGUGCAGCGCCAGCCGGAGCAGCUGCGCUCGGGAGAAGGUUGCUGCCGUCGGUCGCAGCUGGUGGCGCACGAGUGAACGGAACGACGGCAUUGGAAUUGCUGACACUGAAGCACCAAGAAAAACACACCAGCAAGCUUUCAAGUCUUCCCUUCCACGCCCAUCUGGCUUUGUCACCUGGCUGAUGCCCCAGCAGCAGCUGGUUCUGGCGCGGGCACAGUACUGGACGCCGCUAGCUCCUCUGUGUUUGUUGGCUGCGGCUGUGACGGCGAGGGCAGAGGUGAAGAGGUGGAGUGAGGGAGAGGUGACGGUGCGAGAGAUGCACCUGCCGGUAGUGUGCGACGCUGCCACGGCUUCGGAGGCGCCGCCAUAUUCUUCCCUUCUUUCUUUACGUAUCUGUCG